AAUAACAGGUAACUUCGAUGAGUUUGAUCCUUCUCUCGAUCUAUAGUUAUACGAUGUGCGAAUCAACCAUUCGAUGUUCUUGAUGAAUUUUUGCAAUCCUUCCUUCCUCUAGCUGCGCUUGAAAAUCGUGUUCCAGAUUUUACAUAUCUAAAUCAUGUCUAUCUAAAUCGGUAUCAGGAUACUGUAGAAAUUAUAGAUUCUGUAGGUAGAAGAAGCUUCUGAACAAGAUGGAUCAUCAAAAUGGAUACGGUGUUGAAGUUACUGGGUUAUCUCCAGCUGUUACUGAGAAAGAUCUCAUCGACUUCUUCUCCUUCUCAGGAGCAAUCGAACAUAUUGAUAUUGUCAAGUCGGGUGAGCAAGCGUGCACUGCUUAUGUGAUGUUCAAGGAUUCUUAUUCCCAGGAAACUGCUGUUUUACUCAGUGGCGCAACGAUAUUGGAGCAGCGCGUUUGUAUAACACGUUGGGGACAGCAUCACGAGGAGUUUGACUUCUGGAACGGGACUCAUCGGGGUUUUGAAGAUGAAACAAACUCACAUUCACAUCCUCAACGAGGUGAGUUCAACGCUGGAGAAGCAGUGACGAAAGCUCAAGAAGUUGUAAAAACAAUGCUAGCCACCGGGUACGUGCUAGGCAAAGACGCUCUAACAAAAGCUAAAGGCUUUGACGAAUCCCACGGUGUAUCAGCUGCAGCAGCGGCCAGAGUAUCUCAACUAGACCAGAGGAUUGGUCUCACUGACAAAAUCUUUGCCGGCGUUGAAGCUGUUAGAUUGACCGACCAAAAGUACCAUGUUUCAGACAAAGCCAAAUCAGCCGUCUCUGCCACAGGUAGAACCGCGGCCGCAGCUGCAACUAGUGUUGUCAAUAGCAGUUACUUCUCCAACGGAGCUCUUUGGCUGUCUGGUGCGUUAGAGAGGGCGGCUAAAGCUGCUUCUGAUCUUGGUAGCCGAGGAGGCUCAAGGCAGUGAAUAGACCGAUCAGAACCGUAUUGUCUGUGAUUGUUAAUAUAUAUGAUGCAAAGUUGAUCAGGAAUAACUACUGGCUUGUGAAAUAGGUUGUUAUGAAUUUUGUAUCAAAAUUUUAUCCAAGCAAAUACUAUAAAGAAAUGUUCACGAAACUAAA